AUGCCCAACCCCAAAAACAGUAAAGGCGGACGCAAAAACAAGCGCGCCAACAGCAGCGGCGACGAGCAGGAAAAUGGAGCCGGAGCCCUGGCGGCGGCGGGCGCGGCGGGCGCGGCGGCGGCCGGGGGGGCCCUGGCGGCGGCGGCGGGCUGCGGGGCGGCGGCGGCGGCGGGCGCGCCGGGCACCGGGGGCGCGGCGGGCACCGGGGGCGCGGGGACCGGCGCCGCCAACAACGCCGCCGCGGCCAACGCCGCCGCCGCCAACAACGCCGCCGCGGGAGCUGCCGCCGCGGGCGACGGUAAGAACGAAGCCCCCUGCGCCACGCCCCUGAUCUGCAGCUUCGGGCGGCCGGUGGACCUGGAGAAGGACGACUACCAGAAGGUGGUGUGCAACAACGAGCACUGCCCCCACAGCAGCUGGAUGCACCUGCAGUGCUUCUACGAGUGGGAGAGCAGCAUCCUGGUCCAGUUCAACUGCAUCGGCCGGGCCCGCAGCUGGAACGAGAAGCAGUGCCGCCAGAACAUGUGGACCAAGAAGGGCUAUGACCUGGCCUUCCGCUUCUGCUCCUGCCGCUGCGGGCAGGGCCACCUGAAGAAGGACACGGACUGGUACCAGGUGAAGCGGAUGCAGGACGAGAAGAAGAAGAAGUCGGGGUCGGGGUCGGAGAAGAACACGGGGAGGCCGCCCGGCGAGGUGGUGGAGGAGGCCAAAAAGUGCAGGCCCCCGAACAAGCCCCAGAAAGGCCUGAACCACGACCUCCCCCGCCGGCACUCCAUGGACCGGCAGAACUCCCAAGAGAAGGCGGUGGGCGCCGGGGCCUACGGGGGCCGCUCCCCCUGCGGCUCCCCCGGCCAGUCCCCGCCCACCGGCUACUCCAUCCUCUCCCCUGCCCACUUCAGCGGCCCCCGCUCCUCCAGAUACCUGGGGGAGUUCUUAAAGAACGCCAUCCACCUGGAGCCUCACAAGAAGGCCAUGGCCGGGGGCCACGUGUUCCGAAACGCCCACUUUGAUUACAGUCCGGCCGGGCUGUCAGUGCACAGGGGCGGCCACUUUGACACUCCCGUGCAGUUCCUGCGGCGGCUGGACCUCUCUGAGCUCCUCACCCACAUCCCCAGGCACAAGCUGAACACUUUCCAUGUGCGGAUGGAAGACGACGCCCAGAUGGGCCAGGGCGAGGAUCUGCGCAAGUUCAUCCUCGCGGCCCUCAGCGCCAGCCACAGGAACGUUGUAAACUGUGCCCUGUGCCACCGGGCGCUCCCGGUAUUCGAACAGUUCCCACUGGUGGACGGGACUCUGUUCCUAAGCCCAUCGAGGCACGAUGAGAUCGAAUACGAUGUUCCUUGUCACCUUCAAGGGAGACUCAUGCACCUGUACGCGGUGUGCGUGGACUGCCUGGAGGGGGUGCACAAGAUCAUCUGCAUCAAGUGCAAGUCGCGGUGGGACGGCAGCUGGCACCAGCUGGGCACCAUGUAUACCUACGACAUCCUGGCCGCCUCUCCGUGCUGUCAGGCCCGGCUGAACUGUAAGCACUGCGGGAAGCCGGUGAUCGACGUGCGGAUCGGGAUGCAGUACUUCUCCGAGUACAGCAACGUCCAGCAGUGUCCACACUGUGGCAACCUGGACUACCAUUUUGUGAAGCCAUUUUCCUCCUUUAAAGUUCUGGAAGCUUAUUGA